CAUUUCACUCUGCUGUGGUCUAACUGUCGAGCUCUGCAGGUCGCUUUGUCUUCGGGAUUGGAGAGGAGAGCAUUUUAUUUUCUGAAUAGAGGUUUCAGGCAGACAUACAUAUUUCCAAAUAAUGUCAAGACUUAUGCGACGAUAUGUUUUCCUUCUAAUAGAAGAUUUGUGUUCAUGUAUGAGAGACCGUCUGCUUUGUUCAUCGAGGUCACAGACUUCAUCCGCUUUUAAAUUCACCAGGUGAUGAAUUCACGGGAGAUUUUCCCGACUACUUCACUUGUAGCUCUUCUGGUAUUAACACUUGUUACAAUUUGCAAUUACCUGACUGUAAAGGCUAAUGUUCUCACUUUAUGAGCGCGCUGCCCUGUGGGAGGCGCACAUGCACCGCUGGCUUUUGAAGAAGAACGCUACAAAUAUAGACGAAAUAAUCCCGGAGGCUCACACAGUCCACGUGACAGCUGCGCAAUUACUUUAAAUAUAUUUGCCUUAAAAGUAAAGGGAAACCUCAUUUUGUAAUCUGAAAGGUCAUUUUCUUCUGGUGAAUGUAUGCCGUUCUGUCGUCGCCCACGGAAACGACGGGCUACCUCUCCGUGUUAAUACAGUGACGGUGCAGACGUUCAGCUGAAGAGGGAUACACAUUUAACACCUGAUCAAAUGCCUUGUUUGUUAGUUUUCUGGUACUGGUGUGGCGGAUAACAUUCGCUUCCGUCUGCUUUUCCCUCUCGGCGAGAUGACCACCGGUGUGUUGUGUUGCCAUUCUCUCCGUGCCGCCUGCCACGCUUAAUAUCUCUCCCCUUGAGGGUCGGAUCUGCACCAAAACCCUCAGGGAAAGUUUACAUUGUUAUGUGGCUGGAGGACAGACUUCGUGUUCAGUUAAAACGCGCUUGUUGACGCUGUUUCUCCGCGCGUAAUAAUGCGUAAAAUGCAAAAAGACGACUAUUUCCCUCAAAGACCACAAAACCGGUCCGAUGGACCGACCGCAGUAAAGGCAACACAGGGGAGCGAAGGAGAUCCACCUCCCGUCGGAGCCUCAGCGCAAACGUCCCGUUCAGACGAAGGCGGCGAGCGGAGCUUUGGUCACCCCGAAUCCACCGGAGGAGGAGAGCCGGACUCGCCGUCCUGGUACAGAACCACAGCCAACUCCCCUGUCGCCAGCCUCGGCGUGUUUCAGACACGGUCGAUAUUCCACCUCCCCCGUCGCACCUCCAGUGGAUAUUUCUCCUCUGACGGCGACUCGCUGCCGAGCUCCCCGCUCUGGCCGAGGCCAGUGACUGCCGACAGAGCGACUCAGACUCCGAGCUCCACCGGCCAGGUGAUGAAACACGCCCUGCAGCGCAUGGCUGAGGCGCAAAACGGACCGGGGACGCGGCAGCAGCACGGACAAUCUCCCAGCCCCUCUAGCACACGGCGACGAAACGCAACAGGGGACAUGCAGACGGAGGCAAUCGGACGAGAACUCCGACGCUGUGGAGACGACUACAAUAGAGUGUUUCUGCUCAGGGGGGCGGCAGGCAGACAUAGGCGGGUCGUGAUCUAUCCAAAUCCGCUGCCGCACAUCCACCAGGAGCCCACCGUGCUGCUCUGCAUGGGCCUCCUGCUCCUCGUGAUUGGACGGAUAAUCUACUUGCAGGGCAGUACGAACAGCCAGGACCACUCUCAGGUUUAGCCUGAGGAAAACCCAGCAGAUGUAGCAUUUCUCUUUAAUAAUGUAUCUUUGUUGGAUCCUGUUUGUUUUCGGGGACCUCAUUUUUACACUCUUUCCUCCCUUUUCCCAGUGGAGGAAGGAGCCUUUGGACUAUCUUUAUUUUAAAGAAGAUAAUUUCUUAGCACCUUUUUAAUGAACUCUAAAAUGCCUGGAUUUUAUUUUAUUUCUUUCGCCUCUGUUUUUCCUUCACGGUCUCCGAUUCUUUGCAAUGCUACCAAAGAGCCCGGAUGUUUGCACUCCUUUCCAGCACAGAGGCAAUCGCGUCACCUUAAUAUGCCUGUGGAAAUUCAAAUGUGCCUUGUACAGCUUCCUGUUUACUUUUUUAGCUUCUUUUAAGGUCUUUUUUUAUUGUACAGAGAUUAUCAAUUCUUCGGGUGAUCAACUCUGCAGACCCAGGGUUGUUAAAAGUGUGUGGGUCCACUCGAUCUUUCCAAUGGUUUCAUGCAGGGAAAAUGAUCUUGCACUCCUGUUUCGUAAAGAUAUAACAUGCAACAGACUCGUGUCCUGUGUGGGAACCAACCGGGCCAAAGGAAUCAUCUUUAUCCAAAAUGUUUAUCUAAACUUCCGUGCCAUUUAACGUUUUGUUUUCAUGAUUUACAUGUCUGCUUAUGAAUAUAUAUAUAAUAGCCAACUGUACACCCACAGAAAGGAAUUGUGUCCUGAUAAUCUGAGUACUAAAUGAUGCAUCAAAGAUCAUCAAAUGUCAUGACACACAGUAUUUUGCAGACCCCAUGCGGACAGCUUUAAUACUCCGGGGAGAGGUGAGGUGGCUAAUAGAAUAUUUGCUGUAGUCAGCAACAAGACACCUUGUUCUUGUAAAAACAACAAAGUCCUCAUCAGAAAAGCCGAUCUUUCCUUGCAAGAACAAGUAUUUGGGAAUGUGAAAACAUUCCCUCUCGACGGAUCGGCACAUACAAUAUCAAAAUUACCCAGCUUUCCCAAGAGAGAUGAAUCCUGUCCAGCUUAAUACUGCAUUCUGCAUUAAUGUUAGAAGUGUCCGUUCUGUUUUGUGUGUCAUAUUUCAAUAACCUGGGUCAAGUUUUAGUUUGCUAAAUUGUAGCUCCUGCUACCGGUUGGCUAAUCUGUAAUCAGGAUUAUUCUCCCUUCAAAGGUACUUUAAAUCGAUGCACCGAUCCUGUGGCUUUCAAAGAAAACAUCUAUAUUAUAGAAAUGUCUAAUCUUGGAAUUGCAUAGUUAAUGUUUUAUUCAUGUAUUUCAUUUCAAGUUUUACAUCUUACUGAAUCUGCCUACACAGAUGUUACCCUCUGUAUUCUCCAGUUUUACACACAAAUAAUCCUCAACCUUCGAUACUUGUUAAACGAUACUGUGCCAACCUUGAAAUAAUCGAUACCAGCCUUCCUCUGUACCUAAAGACCUCUGCUUCUGUAGCACCUGGAGGUUGAACGGCGAAGACGUGUGACCUCCUCCAUAUUCCAUAAUCCUUUUUAUCACCAAACACAGUCGGUGUAUAUGGAGUGCUAAAACAAUACCCCAAAAAAAGCAUUUAUUUCCAAAGUCAUUCCCUUUUCGCUCUGGUUAUUUCAGCAUUAAAACAUCAAAAGCAGCAGCAGAAUUCUUCACUUGAUAAAACAAUAAGAUGUAAGUACAUGUUACUAAACUGCCCAAAGAGUUGAACAAAAUCAAUCAUUAAAUCAAGUCAAUCAUUUAAACCUUCAAACCGUGUCACGUCUCGCUGUCUUGUUUACUAAUGUUAUACGUUUUUUCAUUUGUAAACCUUGUUUUGACAAAGUCCAAACAAAUUCCUGCAACACAGUAAGUGUUGAAACAGUGCUGUCCACCGUUCUUUGUUUCAGCCUCUGGAUUUAACAUUAGCAGCCAGACUGAGUGUAGUUGGCACGAUUUGGUUUGUUGACAAGGUCAUGUAAUCCGUUUAUUAACCCAGCGACUCAGACCCGGCCAAGUGUCCUCGAGCUGCCAGGUCACUUAACUCUCAGAGACAGAUUUCUGGACGGCAACCAAACAUUGACUCAUGCAGUCAAAGAAGGUUUUGUGACUGAAUGGUUGCCUGACAGUUACAUAUCAAAAUAUAGAAUUUAUUCUCCUCCUUCAACUCUUUGGUUCCUCACAUGACAACAGAACCGAAAUCAAAAAAACAGUCAAACAAAGUCGGCCAUUGUUUUGUUUUGUGUUUUUUUUUUUUUUUUUUUAGAUCUUGCCUUGCUGAAAUGCAUGUUACCACUUACAGCUUAUUAAAACUGAACCAGAACAAUAAAAAGCAUAUAAAACAGCCGUGAAAAAUAUGAAAUGCUUCUCUUUUGUAUUCACAAAUAUCUUUCUUCUCUUUUGGAGGAUGCCGAUUCAAUAACUCUGAACAAUGUUAAGCUGCUUUUGUGCAAGAAAUAGACAUUUCUCAAGCAUCUUAAAACACCAUGAGUGCAAACACAUUGAGCAUGAGCAUCGCUUCCCAUAGUAAAAGCUCAGGGAAGCGACUGCGCUGCUCUUCAUCAAUCUUCAAUCUCAAUCAGUCAAUCCUGAUCAUUGGAGCCUUGUUUUUUAAACACUUCCAAUAAAGCAUAUAUCGGUAUCUCACCUAUGUGUGUAUUUCCCACGUUUGAACGUCCCUUCAGUCAGAGAGCCGUGCACAGCUCCUUCCCUGAGCUGUUUCCAUGAAACCUUUCUCUCUUUCCCAUAUGAGGCUACCCAUAACCCCGGCUGGGUCAGGGUUAGCGAUGUUCUUCCCACUGAGCUACACCAUAGUAAACACCAAACAUCGUAUUUUAAAGUCCAUGGAUCAAGAGAUUUGUGCAUAACUAUUGUUUUCUGGGUUGUUUUCGAUGGUACAAAUGAAUUGUCACUUAAUUCUCUGCCAUACUGUAAGUUGUUUAAGUACAAAAGCUGCAGUCGGUGUCUGUUUCAGUCUUGACUGGAAUAAACAUGGAAAUGGAAUUUGCUGUUUUGUGCUCCGCAACAUUAAUCAGAGUCCGUUUGACAGAAUAAUAAUCACAGCGGAUGUGUUUAAAGCGUUACUCUUCAAUGGAAGUUCACCUGCUUCAAAUGAGUUUGUAGAUAUCGUGUUGUCGUGUGUGUUUCAUGUGGAUUUACUCUUCUAAAACAAAUGAGUUCCAUGCUCGCCGCUCGCUCCCUGUGAGGCUAUGCAACAACAAAUCAGAGCAGAACACAAUCGGUAACCAAAUUCAUCUGAGUCCGUGUUUGAGUUACGUUUUGAUGUUUGCACAGUUGUGUCAACACGAGUGCGUCGCAGAUGAAGUGUGAUCCGAGCUUUCAUAAUCCUUAAACUUUCAUUUCAGAAACUCUCUCAUCCAUUUCAUCUCAUGUUUUGAUAGUCUUAAUUUAGGCUGCUCUUCUGUAACUGUUACAUGUGUUAUUGCACACAUAAUAUAAGUGCUUACGACAUGAGUGGAUAACGUCAACAGAAGAAAUUACUUUCGCACAGAUGUAGAAAUACUUCAUGAUCCACUCAUGACCACGGUUUGUCCAUAAUCGUGUGUAGGGACAGAGAGGUGAUAGUCAAUGGGCUCAUGGAUGGAUUACUGAACAGGACCAGAACCUGAAGUUAUUCUUCCUAAUUGGAAAGUCAAUUAAACAACCACAAACAGACGCAAAUUAACUACUAAGAGAUGCACAACUGCCACAAAAACCACCAAAAGAGUCCAAACGGCCACAAAGAGACACAAAAUGACCAUUAAGAGUGGUGGUCUCUCUCGUAUGUAGGAAGAGUGGGGGGUAUUUUAUAAGUCUGUGUCCACGGCUGUCUGCUUUUUAGAGUUUAAAAUCCCAGGUCUUUCAUUAAAAUAUUAUUUUAUAUCAGAAUAUUUAACGUUUUUUAUUUGACAUUCAUUCUUUAAACGCCACUUUCAUCCGCUUUUCAAUCAUUGGUCACCGUUAAAAGUGUUGAAACUUCAGCUGAAAAGUCCCCAUUUCAUUUCCCCCUCACUGCGUCCGACUUCUUUCUGUGUUAUGUUGCAUUGCCUCCUCAUCAGAAUCCUUUCUUGCUGGAAAUGCACAUGUCUCGGGCUCGUCUUCCUAUGCACCAGAUUAGCGGCUUUGCUUUCCCUCCGCUGUCACUGCACGUUGAUCUCUGAUAUUGGGCCAUGUGAAAUCUAAGACCUCAAUUUGAAGUACUGUAUUACAGCUGGAGUGUGAGAGGGAGAGCAUGGCAGGGAAGGAAACCAAAAGAUGAACUGUCGUCUUCUGAAACUGAUAUGGAAACCUGGUGAUAUGUUGAAUCACCGCCUGUCAUUUGUAGAUGUUACAGCGCAGAGACGGUUGUGUGACAUUCAGGGGUUCACUGACUGGCAUCAACACUGCUGGAGCCGCUUAAGUAAAUCACGCUUUGAGCUUUUUAGGAUGAAUAGAACAGAGAAGUAUCUAUUCAAAAGAAAAUAAACAUUUAUAUGCACUGUUUGUUUGUUUUUAAUUGGAAUUUUUAGAAAAGAAAAAACUAUGAAAUAUAGGGAAUCCAGGGGCACUGUGGUGUUUUGUGCUAAUGCUGUCCAGAGAUGCAUCUGCUUGGAGACUGUUUGUGUAGAAACAAACUCAUCUGAAUGACUCCAAGUGACCCAGUACAACUGUAGCAACAUGUUGUGGUUUUUGUUUGUGUAAAAGUGUUAUUGCACACUGAAAAUAUUGUAAUUAUGCUGUUUUAAUUGCAUUAAACUGUUGUAAAUAAAGCUUUUACAUCUUUUUAAAACAA